CUAAGUGAAGGGGCUCAUCAUGUCCUCACUGCGCUGGAGGCGAUGUUUCCCGGGCUGCCAGACCAUGCAGACAAGCAACGGCCACCACGAGAGCAUGGGGCAUCUCCAUAUGAUGCACUGGAGAAUGAGGUGCUCGAUGGUUUGAUGCACACUGGAGGGCUGCUGCGUGGGAUGAAUCAGCAACAGGUGCAUGAAGCGGUGUUGGGUCCGCCAUGGGAUGAGCCGCAUGGUAGCACAGCAGUGCAGGCGGCAUGGGACCAGUCUGCGAGUGCAUGGAGCACAGAGGCAGUGGGGAGUUUGGUGUUGAGCAAUGCAGACCCGUUUGAAGCGCCCAAGGCACAAGCCAUGGACGAGCAGUGGCACAGUGACGUGCAGUUCACUGCUGUUGGCAUGUGUGGUCCCUCUGCCCCUGUUGGACAACGCCUACAGCAGCGAUUCCAGCAGCAACAGCCGAACGGUCAGCAGCACGAUCACCAGUAG